GCUGAAGUAGACUAACUCUGCACCAACAAACAGAAUUGCGUAAUUGGACUUUGUUUUUAAAACAGCUUUCUGUAUAUGCCCAUCUGCCAUGGUCAAACAAAGAAAUAGUCCCACCCACAACUUGCUCCAAUGGUUGAGCGGGUCUAUUGGGGCGGGUCUAAGCGGGUCACUCACUCUAAACAAACACAAGAAUUUUCAGAGCGCCAGAGAGAAAGAAUGUGUACAGAUUUCGAGAAAAUUAACCUAUGAAUGGCUCAAUUAUACUGUAGUUGUCUCUGCAUAUUAAGCUUGGAUAGGAGAAAGAAUUUUUAGAACAAAAUGUUACAUACAUCAGCUUCAACUUAACUCGUAUGUAAGGUUAUAACUCACCAUAACUGUUGAGACAGCUUUGAUUUUGGGAUGAUAGAAAGGUCUGUUUAUAAAGCAUUGAGGUAAUCUUGAUUUACUGUGUGGCAAUCUAUUGCAUUGACAUAAUGUGACAAAAUGUGUUUAUUCAAAAGAGGGUUCUACUAGACAUCAGAUUAUCAUGUGCAAUGUCUGGCUUAUAGAACAGUGGAACUAGCUCUCCGUAUCCAUUGAGAACAGCCAUGUCACAGAACUUUCAUGAAAUUAGAGCAUUUUCGGUAUAUUGAUAGAGCCUGCUCCAUUUGGGUCAUUAAAAAUAGCAGUUGAGGAGAGAGGGAGAGGAGAGAGGUGUGUGAAAUAGGCCAGUUUGUUUCUCUUCUGUGAUAAGAGUGUGUGAGUUGUCAUGAUGGGAGGAAAUGCAGAUGACCCGGGCUUCCAUAUGCUCACCGUGACAGAUAUCAUGGUCUACUUUGAUAACUGCAAGAAGGCUGAAGCCCGUUUGGCAGCUAAGAGGUCGGCCCGUGUAGAGGCGCGUGAGAUCAGAAUGAAAGAACUGGAGAGGCAACAAAAAGAGAUUUAUCAGGUGCAGAAGAAAUACUAUGGACUGGAUAAGCCCGACAACAAAUGGGGGGCUAUUGAACAGUGGAUGGAGGACAGUGAGUGGUAUACACGCCUCUCACAGAGACAUGCUUUGGUGUCAGAUGAUGAAGAAAGGAUGUCAGUGGGGAGUAGGAGCAACAUACAAGUUAAUGACCGGUUGGAGCAAGACUACUUGGAAAAGGGCUCUUCACGAGCAUCGACUAUAUCUGGUGCCACUCUUACUUCUUUGGGUGAAAUGUCUUCACGGAGAGGAAGCGGAGAUACAUCCAUCACUGUUGACACAGAACCCUCCAUAAGGGAAAUCAAGGAUGUCCUGUUGGAAGUAGAGGAAAAGUACCGGAAGGCCAUGGUGUCCAAUGCACAGCUGGAUAAUGAGAAGACCAAUCUGAUUUAUGAAGUGGACACUUUGAAAGACUCUUUGAUAGAACUGGAGGAGAUGCUCUUUGAAACACGGCAUGAUCUUGAGGACAAGAAUAAGAACCUAGAACGAGAGAAGCAUGCCCACAGUAUACUGCAGUUUCAGUUCAAUGAAUUGAAAGUGACAUUGAAACAAAGUGAAGAACUUCUAACCGAAAUCCGUCAGUUACGACUCAAGCAGGAUGGCUCUAUUAGGGAGAUUUCAGACCUCCAGGAAACAAUUGAAUGGAAGAAUAAAAAAAUUGGGGCAUUAGAGAGGCAGAAGGAAUUUUCUGAUGCCAUUCGCAAUGAGAGGGAUGAGCUCAGAGAUGAGGUCAUUCAGCUCAAAGAUAUUUUGAAGAAACAUGGUAUUGUCCUUGGACCUGACCUGGCCACCAAUGGAGAAACAGGAGAACAAGCAGGAGAGGCUGAUCAGAAUUCUCAAACAUCUCCUGUUGAAAUCAGAGAGCGGAGUAGCGUACUUGGCUCUCAUCAGUUGGACCUGUGUAAAGACCAGCACCAAAAAGAUUUGGAUGAGGAGGUGCAACUGUCUUCAAAUGUCCCAAUCAGUUCUACAAAGACAUCUUUAAAGGCAAAUGAAAAUGGAGAACAUGGGGACAAACUAAAUCAGGCUGUAGAGCAGUCUGAGAAUAGACCUGAAAUACCUCCAAGUUCUGUUGGUGAUGAAGCAGGACCCAUUGAUGAGAUCAAAGCCACGGAGUCUGUACCGGAAGAUUCAGGGGACAAAAUAGUGGAAUUAGAGUGUGAUGUUCACAGUGAUGCACAUACGGAGACAGAUCAACAAGAUGGCAUGAUAUCUGUCGAUCUUAGUCAGGUAAUCAAAGAGGAAACUCCUAUGGUGUCUGUUUCUGUUCCAAUACCUGAUAAAGAUCAACCUGGUGAGGCAGAGCUUGAAAAUGAAAGCAAAGAAGAACCUGUGGAAUCCUUUAAAACAGAGAAACUUUCACAAACCCAAGAUGCAAGUGUUUCAAAUAAAAAGAAGAAAAAGAAAAAGAAAGGAAAGCAGAAACUGAAACAAAGCGACAAGAAAGAAAGUGGCACAGAGAUGGAUGACAAGAAUGAAAAAAUCUUGACUGAAAAUAAUCCAAACCAAAAGAUGGAAAAUGAUCAAGAGGCUAACCACGAAGAAUACUUAGGGAAUGAUGUAUCCAAAACAACAAUGAAUACAAAAGACCCAGCUGAUUCACAAGAUGAUAAAAUAAUAGAAUGUGUUGAAAUACCAAGCACAAAUGUAAAUGCUGAUGAUGCAAGAGACCAAUUUCAAACAGUUACAGAUGAGGCUGAUUCAGGAAAAAGUUCUAAAUCCAUCUCAAAUUUUGAUUGCCCUGAAUCUAAAACUUGCACUGGUGUUCUUUUAGAUGAUGUGUCUCAAAUCAGUAUAACUAACCCCACUACCAUUAUUGAUGAACAAACGGAAGACUCAAAAAUUGCAGGCCAAGAGAUUGUGAUCAUUUCCAUUGAGAUUGAUUCUUCAGAAAAAGAGGCUUCACUGUCUCAUAAACUUUCUUUUAAGCCCAUGGAUGAUGUUAGCAGGCAUGUGGAACACCACCCCGAGUCCAUUUACAACUCUGACGUCAUUGAGAAUUCAUUGUUGAUAGAAGUGAAUAGUGAUCUGGACAGUGAUACAGUAGAACAGGAGGCAAUGCACCAAAAUAUUGAUCCAGAUGGGACCACUUUCCGUGAUGGUCAUGACGACUCCGCUCAAAUUCAUUCAUCCUUCUCUGUGCUAAAGAAGUCAGAAAAUGAAGCUGAAACAGAAAUACAGGAAAAACCAACAGAGCCCAUUGAUCAGGUGUUAGAAAUUCAUCUUCAGGACAGUGUCAUCCAGAAUGACACUAAGACACAGCAAGCUGAACUAGUCAAAGAAAAUCUAAUAAUAUCUAGUGACAAAGUGAUAAUAGGAGACAACGCUAAAUACACUUCUGUAACUGAAACCCUUGUUCAACACAUUGGAGAAGAAGGUGAGGAAGAGGACAGAUCACUUCAAGUUCAGGUAAAACCUGAGGCUCAUCUGUCUGGAGAGGAUGAAGCCAAUCAGGAAUCAGUAGAGUCAGGAGUCUCUCACCAAGAGAACAUGCUAGAAAAGGGUGAAGAUGAUGAAAAAGAAAAAUCAGUUCAAGAUCAGGUUAUACCUGAGGCUCAACUGUCUGAAGCAGAUGAAGCCAAUCAGAAAUCAACAGAAUCAGGAGCCUCUGACCAAAAACCCAAGCUAGAAAAAGGUGAAGAUGAUGAAAACGAGAAAUCAGUUCAAGAUCAGGUUAUACCUGAGGCUCAACUGUCUGAAGCAGAUGAAGCCAAUCAGGAAUCAACAGAAUCAGGAGACUCUGACCAAAAACCCAAGCUAGAAAAAGGUGAAGAUGAUGAAAAUGAGAAAUCAGUUCAAGAUCAGGUUAUACCUGAGGUUCAACUGUCUGAAGCAGAUGAAGCCAAUCAGGAAUCAACAGAAUCAGGAGACUCUGACCAAAAACCCAAGCUAGUAAAAGGUGAAGAUGAUGAAAAAGAAAAAUCAGUUCAAGAUCAGGUUAUACCUGAGGCUCAACUGUCUGGAGAGGAUGAAGCCAAUCAGGAAUCAACAGAAUCAGGAGCCUCUGACCAAAAACCCAAGCUAGUUAAAGGUGAAGAUGAUGAAAAAGAAAAAUCAGUUCAAGAUCAGGUUACACCUGAGGCUCCACUGUCUGGAGAGAAUGGGGCCAAUCAGGAAUCAGGAGAGUCAGAAAUAUUUGAAGAACUCAAUCUAGAAAAAGAUGAGGAAGAUGAGAAAGAAAGAUUAUUCCAAGAUCAAAUUAUGCUUGAUGCGCAACUUCCUGGAGAGGAUGACAACAUCCUGGGAGAGUUAGAUGAGGAAGACGGGGAAGACGAAGGGGAAUCAUUUGAUUUUGAUGAAAACGAUCUUGAAGCAUCAUCAGAUGAACAUUCUAAAAAUAGUCUAGAUCAACCAAAUAUACAUCUUACACUUUUAAAAGAAAAUGUGCAAGGUCCAAGCCAGGAAUUCCAAAGUGAUGUCAUUGAUGAGGACAGGACACAAAAAGAUUGUGGAACUCUGGAUCUUGGAGCUCAGCAACCAAAGCCAAAAGAGCAGAUGGAUGAUGGACUUGCCAUAGAAAACCCACAAACAACAACCGAGGUUGUAGGAUAUUUAACAGAGCACAGCCAUGUUGACAAGGAAGUUCAACCUAAUCAUCAGCAACAUGAUACACCUGAAAAUAAACAAUAUACAGUUGAAAAGCAUCUGCAAGCAACAGAAGAUGUAAGAUACAAUGAAGGAUUUAAUCUCAUCUCAGAGAUGGAGAGAAGAGAUGUAGGCCAAAAGAUCAUUCACCAUAAACCAAAGAUUUCAGGAGAGCAGGAAGUUCAGAAGGAAACAGCAGGGGGCAACAAGGAAGAUGAUAGAAAGGAAUCUAAAAAAACUAGCAAAAAAGGAAAGGGCAAGGGGAAAGAAGAAUGUAAAAUGUCUUAAUAUAGAAGGAUUUGCAGAGUCUUUUUUCCUUGGUAUCUACUAUUCAACAUUGCACUUACGUAGGUCUUAAGAACACCAUUUUGAAACCAGUACUUUAAAGACUUCUGAGAACCCUAGAAUACCGAAGGUUAUCUUGCAGUCUUGGCUAAAGACUUAGUCUUAUCAUCUACCAUGUAACUUUCAUCACAGGUGUUUUACAUGGCUGAAAAUUGGCCAAACAGAAUGUCUGAAUUUUUUUAAAUCAGUUGCACAUUAAAUGCUAGCAGUAAAGAGAGUAAAUGGUCAUAUUUAUUUUGAAAUUUUAAUAACCAUAUGCUGUUUCAAGUAUGUAAUAAUAAAAUUAAAGUUUUUGCAACUUUUUUGCUGAUUAACGGUGUUUAUGGGAGAUACUAACAAUUGGAAUUAUUUUAUUUAUUCUGAUUGGUGACUAAAGAUUAUGUUGGAACACAGCUAUCUUAAAAUAAAACCCAAAUUAAAUAAAUACUUCAAAGAUAGCUCAGAAUCAUUUUUUUUGUAUGGUGAUAAAGGACCUUUUUUUUUUUUUUUAUUAAACUGUUAUUUACUAAAACUGUUUAAAGUGCAUAUAUACAUUAGGGUCAGUAGUUUGUGUCGUAGAUAAAGUAUGCUACAGUCCAUUCCAAAUGAGGAAAUGGCUAUUAUUAUUUUUAUUAUUUCAAAAAUAUAAAUAAAACUCCAGUCAUGUUAGGUUGUUCUUUCUCUUUUUUUACACAUUCUUUGCACAGCUUCAAGUAAGCUCACCCUGUCAUUAAGCACUUGUAGUUGAUGUUAUAGAUACACAUUUAAGAUAGAUUGAUAAAUGGAUAUACAGUACAUUGGAUUGAACACUGACAUUGAAUAAAUUGUGCCGUUGCACUGAAUGCUGAGUUUGCCGAAGUUUCUGCAUGUUAUCCAUUCUCAUCCUUCACAUCCCUGGGUCGGAUAGCUUCACUUUUGCAUGCAUUGUCUCCUCCCCCUCCAUGCAAUUGGCUCCUCCCACUCCUGGUAUGUGUAAAAUCUCCUAUCUAAUCUUAGCUCAAGUUUUGAGCAUGAGUAUGCAGCUGAAUGUUUUUUUUAGAUCUGUUGGUUUUUUUUUUUUAAGUUAUUUUUUUUUGUUGUGUUAUGGUAGACUGUUAAACU